UUAAUAUAAAUGAGCAUUGUUUCUAAUUUGAUAUUAGUCAACAUUCUGAUUUCUUUAUAAAUAGUCAAACCAUUAAAAGCAAUAUUAUCAUGAAUUUUUUUAUAUUCUGUCUUUACAUGGGAAUAAUUGGACAUUUCCGUAUAACAGCUCUACCAUUUCAAGCUUCUUCCGAAAUACAAUCCUUAAAACACCGUAUAGUUGGAGGUGAAGAUGCUCCUAAAAAUUAUGCUCCUCAUAUGGCAGCAUUAGUAGUUGGUGAAAUUUUAACUAACCUCAUGUGUGGAGGAUCAAUUGUUAGCAAACGUCAUAUCCUCACUGCUGCUCAUUGCAUAGAUCCCUUUGUUACAUGGCAAGGACAACUACUAGAAACUUUUCGCGGAGCUGUUGGAACAAAUCAAUGGGAGACGGCGAACUAUUAUGUAGAAUUCUCGCAUUUCACCAAUCAUCCUAACUGGCACUCAUCGUUUCUUAAAAAUGACGUAGGAGUACUAUUUCUAGUUGAGGAAUUAAGGCUAAAUGAUAAUGUGGCUAUUGUACCCCUUAACUUUGACUGGGUAGAUGAAGGAGAAAACAGCUACGUCACGGGAUGGGGAAGAAUUUGGGCCUGGGGACCGAUACCAGAUAAACUACAGCUUCUGUACGUGAAUACAAUUUCGGGACAGGACUGCGAGGACAAAGUUCGCGAAGCGGCCAUCGAAUGGGGAUGGGCUCCUCCGAUUGAUCCUAACAUAGAAAUCUGCACUUUGCACUCUCCUGGAUAUGGUAUGUGUAAUGGUGACUCUGGAAGUGCUCUGGUAUCAGUUAAGACUGGAAAGCAAUCCGGAAUAGUAUCGUGGGGAUUCGCAUGUGCCCUGGGAGCACCAGAUGUAUUCACACGUAUUAGUGGUGUGAAAGAUUUCUUGAAAUCUAUCAUAGGUGACUAAUUUAUAAAUGUUAAUUAAUUAAUUAAUUAAUGAGUAUACUUAAUUUGUAUUAUAUAAUAUAGGGAAUAAGCUAGACAAUUAAUAAAUGUAAGAAUACAGUUGUAUAUUAUUAUUUAUUUUACUGAUUAACGCUCAAUAUAUCAGUAAUAUUGAAA